AUGGAGUCCUUACGCCAUCGACGUAAGGCAGUGCCUACCUCGAUCAGUAUGAAGAACCACGAGCGGUUCUACCCCGCCAGGACGAUUAUGCGCAGGCGCCUUUCGGAUACCACCGACUUUUAUGACACGGAUUUUGAAACCGGCGAUUCUGAUGAGGAAUCCUUGCAACAGAGCCUCCAAUCACUUGGCUAUGAUAGUCACACUACUCUUUCUACACCGGAUUUGCCAUCCCCAGACGAGGUUCUACGAAACAACACUAGCAUCAAGUUUGAGAAGGGAACUGUUCAAGGACCUUCUGGUCCUCACCUUUUUAGAAAUUCAAGGGGCUCAUCAAUUUAUGAGCCGUCAACGGCUGAGAUCGACCUCUACUUUGAGCGGUCACCACUGCAAUCUGCCUUUUCUCAGUCGAUCGACAGCCCAAAUCCGAUUCAGCGUUUUCCCUUCUCACCUCGAACCCCGAAGGCCUUGACAACGCUUCAACCCGAUGUGUCACAGGUCGAAGAGGGUGAAAUCCGUAAUUGGAAGCCCAGCCAGGUUGCGCACUGGCUAUUCAUCGCUGGCUACAACGAUGCUGUUAUUGAAAAAUUCAUCAUUAAUGAUAUCUCUGGCGCUGUACUCCUUACCUUGCAAAUUGACGACCUUAAGGAACUGAACAUCCUUUCUUUUGGCAUUCGUCAUCAGCUCUUGGCUUCCAUCGAGCAUCUCAAGAACACCAUGAUGACGCAAGAAAAUGCGGGAUCGCAGCCUGCGCAUGACUCUAGGGAAAGUUCUUCUUCUGGACAAGCGUCCCCUAAUCGACGCUCUUAUACGAUGUCUGUGUCCCCAACGGGCGAGGUUCUAGCCCCCCGCGUCUACGGCCAAGCGGGUAAUCAAAUCACCCCGGCGGAGUCUGUGUCAAUCGUCGGUAUUGAGCAGCUUCUUCCCAGGCCUCACAAUUGCUCCAAGGGCGAAGACUGCGCCAAGUACAAGCGGCGCCAGCGCCAGCUUGAAAAACUCGCUGCAGAAUUCCCCGAUGCAAUCUUCAAAGAGGGUGCCAUAAUAACUGGUAGCCCUGGAAACCCCGAAACUGCACGUAACUUGUUACGUCCAAAGUCGGAAGCUGAGCCUUCAGUCGUGGCAUCUUCGGACAUUCUUGGCCCGGGUCAGGGACCAAGGCUCUCAGAAGCGGCCCUUCAGGAAGUGCAAAAGCUGGAUCCGCAGGAAACAAUCCGGAGUUUCUUGAAGAACCAGCACGUUAGCGGCUCAUCAGUGCGUUCUGGCCUUCAGCUUGACACUGAAGUGCCUCCUGCCGGGCCGUUUGCGGGACUGACGCCGCCGAGUGCACAGCAAAAACAUGUUGUUGCGAAUCUUCGCAACCUCCCCAAGUUGACAAUCCCGAGUAGCCCGGAUACGGAGGACAUGACAACUGCCGUCAGUACAAACCGCUCUCUCACCCCGACUAGAGCUUCUCAGCUCUAUGGUUCUCCUACUGCUGUGCAGCAAUAUGGUCCUUUCAGUCACGCGAGGAAUAUUGACUACUACCGUCAAGGGACUCCCUUCUCGGAGAUGGAUGUCCCGGUGACAGCCAUUCCGAAUGGUCCUAUUCCUCGCGAAAUCUCUCAAUCGGUACCUCCAGACAUGCAUUACGGGAAUCUAUUCAGACAUCCCCAGGAACCGGUGCCACGCAGCGCCUCUGUUCGCCCUCGAGCAACCACCUCUCUCCGUCGGGUGCAAGAGGACAAGCCGUUGACGCCUAUUGAAGGUCCCGCAGAUUUGAUUCGCAGCCCGCGCAUGAACCAACAUGGUAACUCUUCCAAGUCUUCUUUGAGCUCCGAUCCCGAUGUCACUCACAGUGGCUGGAUGAAGAAGCGCAAGACGACUCGUCUCCUCCGCCACGAGUGGCAGGAUGCACACUUCACUCUGCGCGGUACGAACCUGGCUAUGCACAAAGAUGAAAUUGCUGCCCGCCGCAACUCUCGUGCGCUGGACAUAAUUGAUGUUGACGACUACGCCGUCGCUUGCUCGUCUUUGGCGACUAGCUCCAAACUCACGGCAGCCUUCAAGCGCUCGAUCCUGCGAAGUGGCAACAACCUAGCUGCCGGUCGCAGCGACGCAGCCUUUGCCUUUUCUCUUAUUCCUGCUACCAAGGAGAACGAGAAAAAGGCACUGUUUGGAAAUGGCAAUAUAAAGAACCAUCACUUUGCUGUCAAGUCUCGCGAACAACGCAUUGACUGGAUGCGCGAGCUUAUGCUUGCUAAGGCUCUCAAGAAAGGGAAAGAAUCUGGUGACAAUAUUCUCGUCAAUGGGAAUGUCAUCUAA